UAGGGUAUUGAAGCCCCCUGGAGGAGGUUCUAGUAAUCUCUUUGGGAGUACAGAAGAAGUUUCUUCUUCAAGCAGGCCACACCGGAUGGCUUCAAAUAUCUUUGGAGCAUCAGAAGAACCUCAAAACAUUCCAAAAAGAACAAACCCUCCAGGGGGAAAAGAAAGUGGUAUUUUUGAGGAUUCUAGUUCUGCUCAGCCUCGUCCACGCAUGAAUCCACCUGGUGGGAAGACAAGUGAUAUCUUUGGGUCUCCUGUAUCUACCGGUGUUGUGCGAGCACACCCAAACAAGCCUAAGGAUCACAUUGUCCUGAAAGAAGAUGAAACACCAAAGAAGCUAGAAGCUACAGAAAAUAUCAAACCACAGCUGGAAGAUGGAGGCGAGAAAAAAGAUCUGGGCAAAGAGGAGCGAUGCAAGGAGCCAGAACCCAAGAUAGACAAUCACGAGCCCCGAUUAGGGCCAAGGCCGCGCUCGCACAACAAAGUUCUCAAUCCACCGGGGGGGAAAUCCAGUAUUGCGUUCUAUUAGGGUCAUCUGUUCACUUUAACUAACGGAGUCUGCACAGAAACUCUUGUCUGUGGUUGCGAGGUCAGUGUAUAGACUAUUGUUUGUGGAUAGAUUCUUAGGCAGAUGGAUGAGGGUUAUGCUAAAGCAUGUAGGAAGGGUGACCUGAUGAUUUGCGGGGGGAGGGCUGGGGAGGGAAAGGGUGCCCUGUGGAAGAUGUGAGUGUUGGACUGCCUGGGUGGGUGGCAGAGGGGGACAUUAGUGUAACUUUGUGAAAGGUCAGUGCUACUUUGUGGUGGUUCAUCAGGCUGUUAGGUUCUUAGCUAGCUAGUAGCUCGGGACACUCUCGUGGAGCCAGGCUUAUCUAUACAGUCAACACAUAAAACAUUGUGAAUGGGUAUGGACCUGGAGGUCACAUCCGAAAGAUUCUGAAGCACAGCAGGUAGGCUAUGCUUUCCUCUAGGCAAUGGGAUGCAGCUUCACAGCGUGGGUUGACUUCAGUCACUUCAAUGUACGUAUGUUCCACUGGAACAAGUCGUGCUACUGUGGUUUUGAGUGUCUUUAGUCUUUGGUUCUCUCUUUCUCCUUUCUUGCUUUGCAGCACAUGGUUGCUGGUACAAGGACAAAAGAUGCUGAAAGUUUCUUUUAUGCUCAUCAACCAUCACAUGUUAAUACAUAUCAUGGUCUUCCCCUCCCUGGAGUGUUCGGGCCUUUCUGAUAACCUUCAGUAAUCUGCCGAUUGCUACGACUAGCUCUUGACAAGUGUUAGUGUCAGUCCAACGUACUGUUUCAUGUAGGUGCUCCUAGAAGACUUUUUUUUUUAAAGUAUCCUGGUUGAGUGCUUACACGUUUUCUGGUAACGGUGUGGGUGCAAACAAUAGCUUUAUGGUACUCUUUAAACAGAAGCAACUUAAAGCGUACCACUACCAUGGAGAAAAUACUGAGGUGUCCAGCCAGCUAGCUGUGACCCAGCCUGUAUAGGAAUGCCUUGGCUUCUGCAAAGGAUUUUUGCUUUGUACCCUGCAGAAACCAGGACUGUUCUACUGUCUUCACCACAGUGCGGUUUUUUUUGUUUGUCUGUGCUGACUCUGUUAGUGAACUCUCUUGUCUUUGGUCAGCCUUACAUUUGUCUUUGACUGCCUCAGAUUUUUGUUGAUAAGGUUGGGGAGAACUAUGUGGAUUCUCCCCAAACCACAGCUGUAGUUGUUUUGAGACAUGCUGUAGACUAUCCUAGUUGGAGAAGCAAAGGCUGUAGCAAUAUGAACCUUUUGGUUGUGCUGGCUAUCUUAAAUCAUGUUUGGAAGAUGCGCGUGUUUGACACAAACAUUUGUUGGGGAGGGUAGCUCCCAUCAUUUCUUCUCUGAAUGGACGUUUCUGAUCACAUCCAGAGCUUUGAUAUAUGAAUGUUAACAUUAGGUGCUUACUGUUCAAUGUAUUUAAUAGUGACUUUUUAAAUUUGACAUAUCGAAACAGGAGUCGUUCAGGUACACCAAAGAACAAGUGGCCUUAUCUGCAUAUAUCCACUGCUGUUCUAGCCCGGGUUCCCUGGGAACUGCCACUGUUUCAGGGGGACUCUGGGCCAGGUGCUAACACUCUGUGAUUAUAGUGCUUACUAGGCUGCUCGGUUCAGUGACGUCACUAGGCUGCUCGGUUCAGUGACGUCACAAGUGGUGGAUGACUGCAUGAAGACCUAGUUGCCUUUUCAAAUAGUGACCUAUGUGGGGCAGUGCUAAGGGUAGAAAUACCCGUGGAAAGUAGGGAUUUUGAUGCCUUUGUCCCUUCCAGAGAGGUUUGGAGCUCCCUGAUUGCCCCAUCCCCUAGGACAACAAGACAGUGAUUCUAACUGCAGCCUUGUAAUGGAUUUAUGUUGCUUCCAAACAUGUAUUUCCUAGCAGCUUUUCUUGAGUCUGGGCUGUCUGGCCUCUGAUGGAGUCUGGGACAUGUCUGUCUGUUGCAAUUCCUUGUUCCAGUACCUGACGGGGUUUUAAGAGGCUUCCAUGUGGAACGGUCAGCCAGGGGCUGCUUUCCGCAUUGAAGGGUCUGGUGUAAUCGACGCUGUCUGUAGUACUGAGCUUGGAGUUGGCAUCUUUCAAUACCCGAUGUGCAUUGGCUACAGUGCCUGUCUUUUAAACAGCAACUUCCAGCUAGGCCUUAAAUUAGUUAAACUGUCUUCAUUUUCUUGCAUUGCUUUAUUUGGAAUCUAAACCAUAUUUUCAAGUCGUCAAAUAAGAUUGAUAAGAACAUUUCUUCAGGACAGCAGGGGAUUGGAAAUCAAAUGA